AUGGGACAGCCCGAGCCUAUCUGGAAGCCCGGGAUUAACGAUCGCGAUACCAGAUGGAGACCCCUCGCAUUCCUCGAAUCCCAGGGCUUCCCGUGCCAAGAAGACUUCAACGGUUGGCGUGCUAAGAAUGGCUACAAGGACCUGCGUGACUUUAUGGACCGAGCUAAGUAUGUGACCUCGGUCACGCCUGGCGCCGAUCAAACUUGUGGCUUAACCGAGCUGAAAGGCCCACCGCGACCCAUUCCAAAAGACGGUGCGAUGAGAUCCACCGGCUACACGCAUGACGGACCGUGCGCUAUUUACCUCGACGAUGAGCUUGUUAUGGAGUAUGAUAACUGUCACGAGAGUAUCCCCGGCAGGACGUACAAGAUCGACUUCUCGUCCUGCCAAAAGAAAGGCGGCUGCACGCUUUACUGGUUCUGGUUGGGAAUCCGUUUUGUAAAGAGCCGCUGGUCCUGGCAAGUUUAUAAGGAGUGCAUUUCGUUGACGGCCGGGGGAGGUGGUAAUGGGGGCAACGUCAGUCGAGCUGACCACGCUGAUUAUGGUAGCGGUGGGGCUCAACGUGGUAAUGACAAUCAAGGCCGAAGCGGUGGUAACGGUGGUAACAGCGACCAAGGCGGAAAGGGCGGCAAUGGCAAUAAGAGCGGGAAUGGUGGAAACCCAUGGAGCGGUGGCGAUAAAGCUGAAAUUGGCGGGGAUGGCGAUCAAGAUCGUUAUCUAGACCACCACAGAUGCCGCCGCCAGUUGCGGGUGGAAAUGACCGACACCACUCAAACGGUUUCAUUUGAAGAUUUGCCGGACAAGACUCAAGCCACAGUCAUGGCAUUCCGCGCUCGCUGGUGCGAGCUGAAGAAAGCAGGAUGGACCUCGAAGAGACCAACCGGUCUCUCGGUCGACUUCACGUACCUGAAGCCGGGGAAGAGCAAGAAGGACAUGCGCGGUGUCGACUUUUCGUUGAAGAAAACGAGUUGAAGCUCUACUUGGACGCUAUCGAUCGGGCGGAGCUUACAGCAGCGUCCGAAGCCUGCCAGCAAAGUGACUCGCCACAAAAUCCAGCUCCAGCUAAAGCUUUGUGACAACCCGCUUACGCCCCGUUGCUGGCGUAUCGUAUAUUGUCUGUGCUUCCUGCGAUGCACUACCAGUAGUUCGGUUUGUUGGGUAACCCGUCUCAAUGCAACUCACACACUC